CACCUCCCCCUACACCCAUACAGGGCAGCUGGGGCUGGCGUCACCCCGGGGCGGUAGAUAAGGUGCCGGAGAGGGCUGCGGGCUCAUCAUGGCUCAUCACCCCGUCCCCAGGAGCAGCAUGAAGACCACCAUGUCCGGCAGCAGCGACCCUCUGCCCCCCGGCUGGGAGAUCAAGCUGGACCCCCAAACCGGCUGGCCCUUCUUCGUCAACCACAAUGACAGGACCACCACCUGGAGUGACCCGCGGGCGCAGGACAAGAUGAACCAGACGUUGGCUAAUGGUCCACCCCAGGAGAGUCAGAAGUCGGCUAACUACUACUACCCCCAGCUGCGGCCAGGUUAUAUCCCCAUUCCGGUCCUGCAUGAUGGUUUGGAAAACAGACAGCAGCAUCCAUACUACCAUCUACAUCAGCCCGGAAUGCACAGGGUUAAAUGCGAGCCCACCCUGCAGAAGCGGCCUCAGUCUCCCCUGCUGGGGUUCAAUCGUCCACAGUCUCCUGCUUGGUCUCGAUCAGAAUCUCCCCCAACUGAUAAACAAAGCGGUCAGCUCAGCGGGUCUCUGACACCACGUGGAUCCACACAAGGGCCAUCGCCACCUCCGUCAGUCUCUGACUUCAGCAGUCUCCCACAGUCUCCUGGCAGACCAGGUCCCGGGAGACCAAGCCUCGGGAGCCACCAGCUACCGCGUGGCUAUAUUCCUAUACCAGUGGUCCACGAGAAGAACAUGCCACGGCAGUUUCCACAGAAUGUCCAGCAGACACAGAAGACUGUUUACCCACAGUCAGAAUACCAUUCGCACCAGCCAGUGUUCCACAGAGUCCAAGAUGAACAGGACUCCUGGCAAACGCCGACAACAAAGUCCUCUAGCCGGGAAAGCUCACCGGCCAGAGUGAUCUCUCCUUCUCCUGCCAGAGGCCAGCAGAUUCCUAUUCAACGGAUAUCCCCAUUUAGCGGGCAUCAGAAGUCCGAGCCGUCCUCUCCCACCACUGUACAAGUCCAGAUGUCUUCUCCCAGCACUGUACCAGUCCACCCAUCUUCUCCUACUAGUAUAGAAACCCAGAAAUCGUCUCUCCAGCCAUCUUCUCCCAGCACCGUACCAGUCCAACCAUCUUCUCCCACCAGCGUAACAGUACAGCCAUCUUCCCCUAUCACUGUAAAAGCCCAGCCAUCUUCGCCAACCGCUCUACGAGUCCAACCAUCUUCUCCCACCACUGUUCCAGCCCAGCCAACGUCUCCCACUGCUCUACCAGUGCAGCCAUCUUCUUCCACCACUGUUCCAACCCAGCCAACGUCUCCCAAUGCUCUACCAGCACAACCAUCCUCUCCCACCACUGUACCAGUUCCUACAGCAUUUAUAGAGGAGGACUGUAAAUUUUCUCCCAAGACAGUGGAGAAGGAAGAGUAUAAAGCUCCAAGUCCUAUGGAGGAGAAAUCUGCCUCCAAGGAAUCCGUUCCUCAGAAGGAUCCGGUGGUUACAGAACCCCAAGACAAGCAUCCUGGAGUCCUACAGGUAGAAAGGAUCUUGGACAGGGUGCAGGCGCUGCAAGAGGCAGUUCUCAACUUGCAGGGCCGUCAAAACCAGAAGAAGUAUCUGAUUCUAGAAGAAUAUCUUAUGAAGGAGCUGUUGGCUUUAGAUUCCGUUGAUCCUGAAGGCCGCACUGACGUGCGCCAGGCCAGAAGAGAUGGUGUCAGAAAAGUGCAGAACAUCCUGGAGACUUUGGAACAGAAGGCAACUGUGAAUCGGGCUGCAGCUUCCCAGGAUGUAAUAGAAGCUGACGGCGCAGUGGACAGAGGAGUGUCUAACUCUGCUAAUAUGUCAGAGCAAGGAGCCUUGGAGCAUCCUCAGAAGUAGUUAUUGUCUUCCAAAGCAUUCUAAAUGCCCACCACCUCUGACAGAUUGGUCACUUGAACUUUGGGAAGAAAAUCUCAGAUCUUGGAACGUAGUUGGUUGGGUUUGUUUUUUUGUAAUUUAAAAAGAAAAACUGCAUGCGGUUCUAUAACGUUCCAUCCGCUGAUUGUUCACUCUGCCAGCCAGCAGGUGGGCACCUACUGUAUGCAUGUGGAAGGAUCAGUAUAAGGAAGCAUUGACAAAAGCAGCAGAUCGGUUACCCCAGCGGAAAGUGAUGCGGCUCGUUAUAGAAUUUAGUGCUCCAGUAAAUCGUCGUCACCUGCUGUGUAAGUGGAAUUAAACCUGCGACAAUGAUUUUUAGCCCGCAGGUUGAUCCGCACUGGCGCAACACUCCUGGGACGAGCAACACAAACACGUACUUUAAUACAGCUUUAAGCUUCCAUUCAGCCUAACGUACAAUGCAAGUAAUGAACAUUAUAUGUUACCGCCAUGGGUACUACAACCAGCAUUGUGAUUGCCGGGAAGCAGCGAACGUGCGCUCAUUUUCAUACAGAGUAUUUUUGGGCUUCAGCGUGAAAACUUAUGACUGUUCGUGUAACAUUCAGGGAGUGUGAGGUAUUAUAUGUAAUGGGAGACUCGCGUCUGUGGCCAUAUGGCUGGGAGCUCAGAUUCCCACUAUCAGACCUCGCCCCCAGUGUCAGGGUCUGCCGUAUAGAUGCGAGAUCUUAUAUAUGGCCUUUUCCUAUAACUGUAUCCAGUAUAUACAGCGUGGACCUGCCCCUUCAUGGCAUCCUCCAAUCAGCUAAUGUAUAAAUCAGCCACAUGCAAUCUUAAUGCGGUUUCAUUAUCCCUUUCUAUCCACUUUCCCCCGUCGCUGGGAGGAGCUGGGCUGCACUUGUGCCUUUAUUAAUGUCUUUUUCUUAUCCGCUCUAUAAUACAGCUGGAUGUUAGUUGCAGAGCGCGCUGUGAAUGCGGUGAGGCGUCCGCCACCGCCGGAGAGAAGUUGUCUGCGUCUCGCACAAUUCGCUAUUUUUCCAAAGACCUGAAAAUGAGUCUGUAAGAUGAUUACACGAUAAGGCAGAUUCCCUGAGACGCAGUAAUAGUGUGUCAGCUCACCAGGGUUAGCUUCAGCUGCGGCUAGGAACUAUGUGCACCUUAUGUAAUCCUGUAAAGAGUGUGUUAAAUAUAUAUUUAUAUGUGUGACUACAGCAUUGUGUAUAUUUUAAAAUAAAAAUUUUAUAUAACCAUCA